GUCUGUUGGUUCUUGCGGUUCAUCUUUGGCGGCCCAGAUUGCUCAGAUUGCGCAGAUCUCAUUAUUUCCUGUUUCUAACCUGUUGUAGCAACCCAUCUAGCCAGAAACCAAAGGACCGAAACCUGUAAGCCUAAAGCUACACCAUGAGUGACAAUCCAAGCAACAAAUUGAAAGGACCCGCAUCUUGUGACGAGGAGAAUAUGGCUACUGGCAGGACCGAAAACUCCUCUUCGGAGCAGGAGGAGAGGGAGGCAGAAACACUUGUGGUUGCAGAAGGUAAACAAACAGAAGAGGUCCUAUUCAACAUCCUUGACCAGAAAAUCCGGGAAAAUGCGAAACCUAUUACCAUAUCAAACCCAGAUUCGAAUAGUGAAAACCGAGGUGAAAACGGUAACCCCAUUUUGGAGACCUGGGAGGCCGCCAGGGCUGACAUUGAACCGCUGCCGUCGCAGCCCGACAGCAGCAGAAGAAGGCUCAUGGAAACAGCACCCGGAGCCUAUGCUGUUCCUGGUCAACUAUCUAUAGCAGCUUCUUCUGGAAACGAAUUGCCGGGCGAUGAGACUGCUGUUGCUCCCGAUCCUACUCCAGAUGCCACCACUACGGUUAGUGCGUUUUUGUCGCCUGCAGAGAAUGAACAUAGCGCCAACAGCGACAGUCACCGUCAAGCCGUCGGAGAACUUGUUGUCCAUGCAAGCCCCGAUGAGGAUGGUAUAAACCAAGAAAAUGCAAAAAAACAAAAGGCUGUAGGCUUUGUGGCUGUCUUGCUAUUGCUGGUUGUGAUUGUUCUCCUUGUGAUGGGGUUGGCAGGGACCUUUGACAGCAAGACAGAUGACAAGUAUGGCAACGCAGAGUCUGGUACGGCAAACAAUUCCCCACAUCUUGUUGAAGUUAAUGACACUGCAGUGGAUGUUAUAAAAAACUUGCGAUUCUCCAAGACACUCAAGAAGAUCAAGUCCGAGGGAAUCCUACACUGCCCUUUCCAUCCAAUAGCAGGAUACAUGUUUGCCAAUUUAACCACUGGCGAUGCUGAUGGUAUUCACACUGCUGUGUGUCGAGCUAUUGGGUCUGCCAUCUUUGGGGCUGGUCCACUACCAUCUGGGUUUAGCAAUCGCAACAAGCGGUGGACCGUCAAUGCCACUGUUGGCUCAAAGUUCGAGGAGAAGUAUAAGGAUUUCAAUGAAACUUUCCCCAGGAUUGAAUGGGUGGAUCUAACUCCAGUUUGGACUGGAAAUAGGGGUCUCUCCCAGAUUCUUAUGGGUAUUGGUUACAGUAUGGAACGGCAUACUUACGAGCAUUACCUCAAGUUUGGACUCUCCUUCACCCAACCAUAUUCUUUUGAGGGUGCUUACAUAUCUGGCGACCCUUUCUAUGUGGAAUGCUUUGUUGAUAAGGGCUUCAAGCACACACAAGAAUGCCAAGACUUAUCUAUUUGCACCAACAUGGGCUCAUCGUACUACACAUUUCUUUCUGGGGUCAUUCCAGAUCGGCGCAUCCGCAGGAUCCAGUUUUACACUGAUGCCUAUCCCAUGUUUGUCAAUGCAUCAUGCAACCUGAUCAUUCAUUCGGCGGGUGAACGGGCCAGGGAUGUUGUCCUCAACCAGUAUGGCUACAAAGGAAACUUUACUACCAGUGGUGCUGUUUUCAACAAAGAGCCUAUUGGGGUUGGAACAUUUAAAGGUGACCCGGUGUGGGAUGACUUUGUCAAUGCUGUGGUCCAGUCCCUAAUCUCGGCUGAAGUCCAUGGCAUCACCAAAGCCACAGCUCAUCUGUUCCCUCAAACUGAUGUCUUCGGGGAAGACUUCAGGGAUAUGUUCCGAAACGCCAUUGGGGCUGUUGGAAAUUUUGCAGAGAUCUAUGAAGAGCAUCUGCAACAGGCAAUCCCACGGGAAGCAGUGAACACUAUCAACUCUGGCGAUGCCGGACUUUUGUUCACUGCACCACUUGGAACCCAAAAGCUUUGGUCAAAUUUUACUCUUGGUCGCAAUAUUCAACGAGUUCUGGAACGUGGGCGGCUGCUCUGUGGUGUCCGGUUAGGCCGGCCUGGCUUUGCCACUGGCAAACAUGACAAUGGCACCACAUUUGCUGGCAUGGACAUUGAUUUUUGCAAGGCUGUUGCAGCCAGUAUGUUUGGUGGUGAUACUCAAGCUGUAGACUACAUUGAGCUCAAUUCAAGUUACCCCAGUGAUGGCUAUGUUAAGCUCGCUGCCGGUGAGGUUGAUAUGGUUGCUGGUGCAGCUUGGAAUCUUGCCAAUGAUGUGAAAGAACCUGGCACAGGUAUUGGCUUUGCCUUCUCACAGCCCUACUUCUAUGGGUACAGUGCGGAAGAGGACAACCUUUGCCUUGCUUCAAUGCAAGAUGAUCAAGUAUGGUCAACUUACUUGUACUGGGUUGUAGGCUGCACCAUCUAUGCCGAACAAGAAGGAAUUGGCCAGACCAACUCGACAGAGAUGCCCUUGAUUUACGCUUUUGGUGAAGGCUUUCAACGAAUGUUUCGAGAUAUUGUUUUUGCUGUCGGAAGUUACAAAGAAAUGUACUCCCGGAACAUCGAGCCCACCAUCCCUCGGUCAGUUCACAGAAGAAACAGUUUGAACUAUGGAUCAAGUUCUGGCCCUCAGCUCUACCCCAUGCCUGGUUUCGUGUAAUCCUGCCUCCUCCUAACUUAGUAGUACUUUAAUGUUUCUGUAUUGAGAACUCUUUAGCGGGGGCAGAAAGUCAGCGUGAAUUGAAUCGGCUUGAUGGGGCAUGCAGUGCACAUCGCUCAUGCUCAGCAUGUAUCUUCUUCUGUUGCUAAACUGGCAACCUGCAUUUGAUGAUAGAAUCAUUGGAUUGGAAGAGGACAUUGUACAUCCUGCUGAGAUUUUAGCCUACAAUCUAGAUACUGGUUUCAACUCUAGCUAGCUAGCUAGCCAGUCAGAGGCCAAAGUAUGCAUCGCUCGUUCUGCUCCUCGCUCGUGCCAAGAAAGCAAUGAUAAUCAAGAUUUCUUACCAAGCUAGCAGCGCUGAACACAGGUAAAGGGUCUGGUAAAGGAGAGUUGCCUUCGUACAGGUCGCAAAACACGCAAAUCUCGCAUCCUGAAACGUUGGUGGGGCUCUGUACUCGACACUCGACAUCCAACACGAGGAGCGUUGAGCUCUGAAGCAGCUCCCUCAUACCAUGACGGCUGCCAUGACUGAGACCGUCACUCGACUCGACUCAUGGCGCGGUGCGGCAGAGUGCAAAAGGUUCGAGCAAUGCCGGAACUACGAGCACUCGAGCCUCGAGCAAGCUAGGAUUGAAGUCGCAAAUUGAUGCACGUCAAACAGUUUUUUGAUUUUUUGGAAAGAAAACAAGUGCCCCCUGGACGUGGUCAGGACUUCGAAAUGGCUCUCCCUGUGACUGGAAGAAUGACUGCUGUCAAGCUUUUUACAUGAUAUUUAGGUGUCUGUGCCCCAGAAUCAAGAUCGGGCUCUUAUCUGGGACUUACCAAGACCCUGAAGAAGCUCUAUGAAACUGGCAGAAGCUGAGCAUGUCAACACGUCAACUACAGUCUAAUAAAUCUUUCGACAUCCUUUCUACGAUUACUACGAUGUGUUAUUUAAAAAUUUUGGUUACUAUGACUAAAUGUUCCCUUCCCAGCGUUCCUUGUAACUCUCCUUUUAAAUCUUU